AUGAGUCACCAAUCACGGAUCUGGUCGGACGUGGUAUCAAAAUUAGCACGACAAUUACCAACAGUAUUCGAUAAAUAUCAAAAUCCAAGCGAUACUCGAAUCGAUCUAGUCGAAUGUGUAAAAGAACCGAUUUCAAAUGACUAUGUUGCUCUACUUGUAAAAUCUUACCAAAAAAAUGUUCAACUGUUCAAAAUGAAUUCAUCAGAAAUUCCGAUUGUGAUCGAAAAACUUCUAUUGAUCAGUGAAAUAGAUAGAGCACACGAUUUUCUCUAUAAAAUCAUUAUCGAGCAUUUCGAUUCUGCCACGGAUAUAAUUGAGCCUUUAAUACGUAUGUUAAUGCGCACAUGUCCUAUGGUUAACAUGGAUCGUCGGAAUGAAUUAUGUAAACAAGUUAUAUCAUCGCUUGUCCGUAAAUUGGGCGAUAGUAAAUGUAACAAAAAAUUGGCACCACUUUUUUUCGAUUUUAUUCUUGUAACACUCGAUUUGCAUGUCAUGGAGGCACCUAAGUGUGCUGAGCGUUUACUUAAAAAACCUGAAUUCUAUCCAUGGAAAGAACUAGCACCGAAAUUCAAAGAUCUCGUUCGGUCAUGCGUUGCCUACGAUACAUUCGAAAUUAAAACCUAUUUUAGUGAUCUUGACUCACUUAGCGAGAUUCUUGAACUGGUCGCCAAUAGAGCUAAAGCAAACGCUCCCAUUUUUCGAGCAACCCAUCAUGAAGCACUAGAAGCAAUAUAUCGUUGGUCGACAGCAUCAACCGAUAAUACUAGUACGAAGAUACGGUGCGCACAUGUUUGCAAGAUGGGAGGACAACUAUUACAACUCAUAGAUCAAAAACAAGUUACUGCCGACAUUUGCUCUCGAUUAAUUAAAGCACUUGAACAGAGAGUUAUCGAUAAUGAAGAUGAAGAAUGGUCAGAAGAAACCAAUCAAACGAUGAACUCAUUCUUCAUAAAACUGGCAGGACAAGUAGGAACUUAUAUUGAAGUUCUUAAAAAUUUACCAUAUGAAGUUCAUGGUCAAUUGGCUUCAUUUAUUUUAACUGCACUUAAACGUCCACAUCAGAAUGAAAAUGGACAAAUGUCAUUCGAAUAUAGUGCAGCGAUGGCUGUUUGGUUUAAAAUUGCACAGUUUUUAAAUAAUACAGCCGAUGCUCGCCUGUAUGAACCCUGCCUAAAACAAUUACGAUCGCUUGCAUGUGACGACGAGGAAACGAAAGCUUUUGAUUGGUCGACUACAUUUUGGAGUAUUGCAGGUAUGAAAAUACCGGAUAUGGCUGCUGAUCAUGUUGAAGAAUUUCUAAGUGAUUUGAUUGAUCGAAAACAAACACAUAUGAUGGCUCUACUUCCAACGCUCUACUCUAAACGUCCUGAUCCUUAUCACGCUCGAUUAGACGAAUUAAUCGAUGGCAUGUUUUCUGGAGAUAUUUCAUAUGUAUCAUCAUUGGGACACCUCUUUUGGGCCAUUACCAAAGAACAUCCUGAAUUAAUUACAGAAAAACAAGUCAAUCAUAUAUUUGCUUCACUCAAGGAUUAUAAUGGUACUUCCCACGAACUGCAUCUUAUUUUUCAAGGGCUCGGUUUCGUGGCAAAUGCCCAACCGCAUUUAUUUCACAACCAUCAAGAUGUACUCUUGCGUUUUAUUCUUGAACAACAAAAUCUAUCAGCGUACACAUGUCUUCAACACUACUUAGUUGCGUCAACUAUUGUCGAUGGUGAAAAACGAGCCAAUGAAGCACUUACAUUGUUCAUUGAUCUUCUGAAACGUGAUUCCGGUAUUGCAAAUGAUAUUCGAAAACAAAUUUUCUAUGCAUGUCAAUCGAUUGGUAUCAUUAAUAAGCAAGCACUUGAAGCUAAGAAAGCAGAUUUCGAAGCAUUUAACUCGCAACCAGAAUGCCGCACAUUACUCGAUUUUAUUAAUGGAAAUAAAAUGAGUGAAGAAAAUCAAGCAGCAAUAAGUCGAAAUCGUGAAGAAAUCGCACAAGUGGAGAAACGUGUCGUUAAAACUGAGAAAAAUGUCAACAUGGUAACAAAAGUGGUUCAACGACAAGAACUGAAGAUGCUGAAAUAUCAACUUGAGCAACAAGGAUCCGAUGCAGAAUUCGCGGAUCUAUCGACGAGCAGUGAAACUAAUCCUAGCACUAAGGAUGUUGCUAUUGCAUGGAUUGAUCGUAUUGACUCGUCCCUUGAUACUAUCGUUCUUGAAUUGCAAACAGUCACUAAUCUUAGUGCACGUGUUGAUUCAGUUGAUACACGUUUGAACGAUGUUACUGAACAAGUGCAGGUACAGGCAAAAGAAAUUGAACGAAUCGAUUUAAAAACAUUGAGCUAUGUACCAGCUGAAUGGGGUCGUCAAGUAAGCAAGUUACUUAAUCAACGUGCAGAUAACGAUUGGCGUUUACUCGGAAAACGCUUCGGUUAUUCGACUAGUGAAUUACGACACUGGGCUCUUCAAUCCGAUCCAUCUAUGAGUUUAAUAAAUGAAUGGUUUGUGACACACAAAACUGAUGAAGCAACCUAUGGAUUAGUCAAGAUGUUAGAUGAAAUUGGUCGACAAGAUGUAGCGAAAAUUAUUCGAGAAGCAGUUGCAGAAGCCGGCGAACUCAUUCCUGAUGACAUGCCUUUUGAAAUCAAACGUCUUCCACCGAUCUUUCUUUCGUAUCAAUGGGGAUGUCAAAAAGCUGUAACAACAUUGAAGACUCAUCUUGAAGAAGCUGGUUAUUCAUGUUGGAUGGAUAUUGGACAAAUGGGUGGUGGUGAUAAGCUGUUUUCUAAGAUUGAUGCUGGUAUUCGUGGCGCAAAAGUUGUUAUCUGUUGCAUAAAUUCGGCAUAUAGUCAAUCAGACAAUUGCUUACGUGAAGUUCAUCUAUCUGUUAGUACCGGUAAACAAAUCAUUCCUUUACAAAUGGAAAAACAAACAUGGCCACCUGAAGGUGCUCUCGGUCCAAUUAUGAGUGAAUAUUUAUUUAUUCGUUUUUAUGAUCGUAAAUCGAAUUCGGACAACUAUUGGCCUGCAGAUCGAUUUACUGAACUUCUUGGUCAGAUUCGCUAUCAUGUAGCGCCAGAUCCCGAUAUGAUUAGUGAACGAUAUAAGGAUUGGUUUGUACCACAUGUCGAUAAUUUGAUCUUUCUUCAGCCAACGUCGCACGAUAAAAAUGGUAAACAAGUCGAAUUAAAAGAUGAUACUCCACUCGUCGUUAUUCAUCCGCAAGUUAUGAUUUCAUAUCAAUGGGAUCGUCAAACUGAUAUUGUUGCUCUAUAUAAACGAUUGACACAAUUGGGUUAUCGUUGUUGGCUUGAUAUAUUUCAAAUGGGCGGUGGUGAUUCCUUAUUUGAAAAGAUCGAUGAUGGAAUUCGUAAUGCUAAAUGUGUACUUGCUUGUGUAACUCCGAAAUAUACGAAAUCGAUCAAUUGUCGACGAGAAAUGUCAUUAGCCGAUGCACUUAGUAAAACGAUUGUACCAUUACUACUUGAAGAUACAAAUACAUGGCCACCACCAGGUCCUAUGGCACUCGUAUUUACCGAAAAGCCGCACAUUGAUUUUCGUCAUCCGAAUGAAAAUAUUCCAGAUGGACAGGAUAUUUGGUCAUUGAAACAAUUCGAUCAAGUACUUGCUCGUUUGAAAAUAGCCGUCCCCGAAGUGCAAACCGAGAAGCCUCGAAAACAUUUGCUCGAUAUGAAACGACCGACAACAGCAUUAGGACAAUCCGAACAUAAAAAACGACCAACACGCGUUCAAAGUGCACCAAGUGUUCCACAGAGCCGAGCCUGUUCUAUCAUGUAA